AUGGUCAUUCGCAAUGUUGCCACUCGAUGGAACUACACUCACGCCAUGAUACAAAGAGCACUGAUGCUCUGCAAGGCAAUUGAGAAAUGGGUGUUCGAAAGGAAAGAGCUCCGUGAUGAGCUUUAUUUAUCAAACCAAGAGUGGGCUUUUCUUAAGUGGCUUGCCGACAUUCUCAAGAUGAGUCUCGUCAUACUGUAG